CGCCGUCAAGGCCCAUGUGAGCGCGCGCCAGUUUCCGUGACGCGCUUCCUUCCGGUGGCAGGUCACGAGACGCUGGCGGAGUUGGAGCGAACGGUGGCUUUUACAUUUGUGUAAAGAUGUCUUUGUACCCGUCCUUAGAAGACCUUAAAGUGGACAAGGUGAUCCAGGCUCAAGCUUCAUAUGUGGCAAGUUCUGGAACUCCUGCAAUUCUGCCUGAAACUGUAGCCUCUGUGCCAUCAGAUGGUGGCCUUUAUCCCCGUCUGUACCCUGAACUGUCAGAGUAUAUGGGACUUAGUUUAAAUGAAGAAGAAAUACAAAUGAACAUGGCUACAGUUGCAGUACCACAGCAAACUGUUGCAAGACCAUCCAGUAUAAAUCACAUGGUGGCACCAGUGACUGGAACCGAUUUGGGUCUUCGAAGAGCUGAAAUCAAACAGGGUAUCCGGGAAUUAAUUCUCUGCAAGGAUCAGGAUGGAAAGAUUGGCAUUCGACUCAAAUCUAUUGACAAUGGUGUCUUUGUCCAACUUGUACAAGCAAAUUCACCUGCUUCUCUCGCUGGUUUAAGAUUUGGUGACCAGGUCCUGCAGAUAAAUGGUGAGAAUUGUGCAGGGUGGAGCAGUGACAAGAGCCACAAAGUGCUGAAACAAGCUUCUGAUCAAAAGAUUAGUGUCAUAGUUCGUGAUAGGCCUUUUGAACGCACAAUCACUAUGCAUAAAGAUAGCACAGGACAUGUUGGCUUCAUUUUCAAAAAUGGAAAAAUCACCUCGAUUGUAAAAGACAGCUCAGCAGCUAGAAAUGGACUCCUAACAGAACACAAUAUCUGUGAGAUUAAUGGGCAGAACGUCAUUGGACUCAAGGAUACACAAAUUGCAGACAUUCUGGCCACAGCAGGGAAUGCAAUAACAAUUACUAUCAUGCCUUCCUACAUUCAUGAGCAUAUGAUGAAAAGGAUGGCUUCAAGCAUUGUUAAGAGUCUCAUGGAUCAUGGCAUUCCAGAAGUGUAAAGUGAACUCCUAUGAAUGCAGUGAUUUAGUGAUUUAACCUAUUAGCCUUUUAGAUGGCCUUAGUCUAGUAAAAAUAGCAGCUUGGAUACUACCCAGCUUGCAUGUCAAAGGAGUUUUAAUAUGGCUAUUAACUGUUGCUGCCAACUGCGUACCUAUACAAAUUAUGAGCUGUUUUACUCAGUACUCUGUUUACAAAGCAAAAAAAAGGUGCAUUAGCAUUUUGUUCUGAUCAUUCCACUUGUACGCUUUUCCAUAUCAGUUAAUAAUUUAGUAUGGAAUUGUUUUUACAGUAUUGAGCAAUUAGUCCAUGAAAAUUGUGAAUCUUGAUUUCUUCUAGUUGGUUGUUAACAAUCUUGACUGGUAUGUCAUGUUUUUAUUCAGUAAUUUUUGCUUCUGAGUACAUUUAUACUGUAUAGUGGUCUCUUACUAGCAUAUCACUGUCCUUACACACUUAUUAAAAUGUCUUUAAGACAUCGGAACGCUGUUUAUGACAAAUAAAAAAACUGAACAUUU